AUGAGUUCAGAGAUCCCAACCCUGCGUUGGGGCAUCAUCGCCACAGGACUGAUCUCGUCUUGGUUCGUGCAGGACCUGGCGCUGGUUCGGAAGGACGCGAAAGCGAAUCAUGUCAUCCAAUCCAUCGGCUCUUCCUCGGUCGACAAGGCACGCGCCUUUGUCAGCAAACACCUUCCCGGGAAGCAGCCGACCGUAUAUGGGAGCUACGAGGAGGUCUACCGUGAUCCGGAGGUGGACAUCGUUUAUAUUGGCACCCCUCACGCCUUUCACAAACAGAACUGCCUCGAUGCCAUCCACGCCGGCAAGCACGUCCUGUGCGAAAAGCCAUUCGCCCUCAACGCCGACGAAGCCAAAGAGGUCUUUGCCGCAGCCAAAGCCAAGGGGAACGUUUUCGUGAUGGAGGGCGUGUGGACCCGGUUUUUCCCUCUCACCCGCACGCUGCACGACCUGCUCCACCGCGACAAGAUCAUCGGCGACGUCCAGCGUGUCUUUUGUGAUUUUGGCAUGAAGAUGGACGUCGCCGCACUCCCCGCCGACUCAAGACUCAAGAACCCGGCGUUGGGCGCCGGCAGUCUGCUGGACAUCGGCAUCUACAGCCUGACCUGGGGUCUGCUGGCGCUGGAUCCGCUAAGGCAGGCAGUGAAGCCCACGAUUGCCGCCACCCAAAAUAUCGAGUACGGCAUCGAUACGGCGUCUUCCAUCCUCUUGCAGUACCCCGGAAAGCAGGGAAUCUUGACCUCGACAAUGGCGGCCAAGACACCGACUUCUUUUGCCAGAAUCGAGGGGAGUGAGGGAUACAUCGUCGUGGAUGGGUUUGUGGCCUCGGUUCCUGCAUCGUUCACGGUCCAUUCGUCCAAACUAGGGGGGACGGAAACCGGGCCGGAUGGACUGCAAGUGAAAAAGUACGAAUUCGAGAGGCCGGGUAGAGGCUUCUACUGGGAGGCGGAUGCCGUCGCACGCGACAUCGCUGCCGGCAACACCGAAGAUGCCAUCAUGCCUUGGGAGGAGACCGUUCGUGUGCUGGAGAUUCUAGACCAGGUCAGGAAACAGGGUGGCGCAAGGUUCCCACAGGAUAAAUAG